AUGGCGCUAUUCGUACGAACCACUCGGGCUAUCAUACAAUCCUUCGCUGGCGAUCCCGGCAACUUUCUCGGCAGGACUCUGGAGUGGCCGUGGUACGGGUUUUGGACACAGGCGUUCUACGGCGAAGUGGAUCCUCGCACGGUCAAUGUUGGCCCGCAGUCUGAGGUUGUCAAGCGACAGCGGACCAACGACGGCCGGGUUGUGCUGAGGAAAAGAGUCCCAGAUUUUGUCCUCCAUUAUGCCACUGGCGUCCCUCUGGAUCACGACAUAGGCUCGUUGCUCGAGGUGACCAAUCACGAGCAGUUGCAGCAAUUCUACCAGGGCAGGUGCAUCGUGACCAAGUCGCUCGUCUUAGCGAUCUGCGAGGUCAAACCCUAUCCGGAUCCGAACGUUAUACCAGCGGGGGACCAAUUUCGAGACAAGCUAGCCAAAGCGUUGGGGGCCAUCCAGGCUGAGGCGCGGGCGGGUGCCAAAAAUCAGGCUGCGCUAUACCUGGCUUCACGACGGAACAUCUCUUGCGUCGUAGCCAUUUCCACCUUUGGAGCCUACUUUUCAUGGAAAGUCUUCGUGCAGGGCGGUGUCAGCGACGUGUCGAGCAACCUUGAUGCGACAUACAGAGAUUCGGGCGGGGCCAGCGAAGAAAGCUCCGCCGACCAAGCUGCCAGUGUCAAAUAUGGACAGUACCCGCUGCCAAGGAAGGAGACAGCGAAGGAAGGACCGAAUACUUCAGAGGACGAAGGGGAUGAGGACGAUGCACCUCUCACAAUGCAGAAAGUGACAGGGAAAGGCAAGGCAGUGGCGAAGCCGGAAGAGAAGACUGAAGGGGAUGUCAAGAACCGACGCGUGGACGAGCACAAGGACAAGGGGAAAGGGAAAGGGAAUGAGGUACAGAGUCGGCCAGCACCAGAAAUGCCGCUACUUGAGCUGCCACCGCUCCUUGAUUUUUCGGAAGAUACGCUCGAAGAGGUUAUUGCGAGCAGUGCGCCAGCUGCCGAGGAGUUGAAAUCCACGACGAGCAGUCCAGGUCCGGAGACCGCCUCGACAUCUGCCAACACCUCUGGCGCCGCCCGAGGAGAUCUCGAACAGCCGAACGCCGACUCUGACCAUGGAGACGAAGAAGACACAGAAGACAUUCCUCCGGCUGAACUGGAAUGGUCUCAGUGGUAUCACUGGGACACUGCCAACGGCAUCAGGGAACGAACGAAGAUGCUUAAGGCCAUUCAACGACAGCACCCUGACCUCCAAAUCCGCCGCCAGUAA